AUGCAUGAUGUGGAAAAUAUAUCAUUCAUUAUAAAGACCCUUGAAAAUGUUAUUGAAAUCAGUCUGAAGCACAUCGACCCUCGUGGAGUUGUUGAUGCCUCUGAUUUCAGCUUAAUUGACUUGCUUGAGCUUGUGAAAGCUUAUUCUGAUAUAAUAUACGGCCCCGAUGCCUCAGUUAUAUGUUUUCCCGUCGGUUCUGCUGUUCUAAAAUUCAACCAAGGUUAG